AUGUUCCAAUCCUUCAUUAAAUCAAUGGGACUGGCACCACUCGACAGUUAUGUUGAACCACGGCUGUCUAUCGGGAACGUCGUCCUCGACCGCGAAAUUUCCACCGGCCACUUUACCGUUCAAGUCGAUGAAGAAGCUCGAGCAGUUUUUAUAAGAAACAACAAGGGACGCGUCAUAUGGAAAUCACUACACAAUAUCCCAUUCCUUGCAUCCAGUCUUGGUGAUGAUGAAAUUAUUCCUAUGGAAUAUAAUGACAGUCUGUACAAAAUUGUCGAGCACGACGAAAAAGCCACACGACUACAAACCAUUACUCGCAUUGCUCCUAGUGGCAAUGAUACAGUGAUCAUAUACGGUGGUCUGGGAACUCGCAUUGCUCCGCCUACACACCUCAGCUACGAGUUUAUCAUUAAAGAGCUCAGCCCGCACCAGCUCCAGUUCACAGCCAGAAUUACAGAACGGGACUCACCCAUGGCCAAUUAUCGACGUCUUUUUCUAACGUACGAGAGUCGCAAGGAAGAAGACUUUUAUGGCUUUGGUGAGCAGUUUGUCUAUUCAUCGUUAAAGGGUCACAAGGUGCCCGUCUUAAUAAGGGAACGAGGACACGGAUGUGGUGGGCCGCAGACAUCGUCGUUCUUCAGCUCCGCCAAGAGUUUCGUCGAAGGUUAUUUCAGUGGUGAUGACGGCCACUGCGCGUCCUACGUCAGCGUUCCACAGUAUGUCACAUCUGACAAGCGCUGCCUGUGUCUCGAAACAUCCGAAUAUGCUAGCUUCGAUUUAUGCGAACCCGACCGUGUUACUAUCCGUGUCAACAAUAGCAUUGACAAUGAUCUUGUCGGCCGCAUCAUUGACGGUGAUUCGAUGCUCGACCUGAUAACGGAAUACACUUCUUAUGCUGGACGUAUGCAGCCAUUGCCUGACUGGAUCAACAAAGGCGUGGUCGCUUGUAUCCAAGGCGGUAGCGCAAAAGUACGACAAAUUGUUGCUCAAAUGGAACAGCAUCAAACACCCGUCGCCGCCGUGUUGGUGCCUGAUUGGUGUGGUCAACGCUUACAGCCGUUGACGAGCACAGUUGCUCUGAAACGACUCUGGUGGCAUUGGGAACAUGAUGAGCAAUUGUACCCGGACUGGCAAAAUUUGGUGGAGGAACUACGCCGCGACAGAAAUAUUGGUGUCAUGUCCUACGUCAAUCCAUUACUGGUCCCAAAACAAGGUGCCAAGCGCGACUUGUUUGCCGAAGCAACGCAGAAUGGCUAUUUUGUAAAAAUUUCAUCCAAAAAGGAAAUGAUCCAGUCGGGUGGAUUGGAGGCUGGGCUACUGGAUCUGACGAAUCCAGAAGCAGUUGCAUGGUUCAAACAGGUUGUCAAGCAGCAAUUCUGGGAUGUGGGCGUUUCUGGUAUGAUGGUUGACAUGGGUGAAAAUCUGCCGUGCAGCAUCGAGGGGGUGACAUUACAUUCGCAACAACCAUCGUCUGCGUAUCAUAACCGGUAUGCUGAGUCUUGGGCAAGGCUGUAUCAAGAGUCUAUCGAGGAAUCAGAUUUAGACCAUCAACCCGUGUGUUUUCUGCGCUCUGGAUACACGCGAUCACCACAGCACCUGCAAUUGCUAUGGUCCGGUGACCACAAUGUAACUUGGGAUCAAACAGAUGGCCUGAAAAGUGCGGUAACGGGUAUGCUGUCGGGAGGUUUCUCUGGAUUCUCUCUCAAUCACAGUGAUGUUGGUGGAUUUACUACUAUUGAAGGCUUGUUGCCUGGUGCUUCCAUGUCACGAAACCGAGAUUUACUUUACCGAUGGAUGGAACUUGCCGCUUUCACCGCCGUCUAUCGAACACAAGAGGGUAUAUUGCCUGAAAAGAAUGCUCAAUUUUACCAAGACGAGGAAACCUACGCUCACUUUGCACACACAGCACAACUCUACGCAGCUUUAGCACCAUAUCGAAAACAGUACAUACAAGAGGCUUAUGAAAAGGGCUGGCCUUUGAUGCGACAUUUAGUACUAUAUUAUCCUGACGAUCCAACUGUCCGACAAAUUGUGCAUUCACAAUACUUGCUGGGACCUCACUUGAUGAUAGCACCUACCGUCUCGCCCUCGGCAUCGUUUGUCAAAGUGUACUUCCCACACGAAAAUAGUGGCAUAUCAUGGAGACAUAUUUGGACAGGAAAAUAUUUUGAAGCGGAUGGAAGUUAUAAGGUUGUAGAUACACCGCUGGGACAACCGGCCGCAUUUGUCAAGGAACCACGACAAGACGACGGAUUAUUGAAUGAUUUGAUUUCUUUUGCAAACCAUUACUACUCUUCCAUUGCAUCAUCAUCUUCACCUCGAUCAUCAUCAUUAAAUAAAUAA